GAUCCCUGUUUGCUUCGGGGUGUUUACCUUGCCGUGUUUACCUGUGCGUGGCGGCGUGCUGUGCCUGCUGCUGGUUCCUGGCUGGCCCUGCCACCGACCUGGUGCUACACCACCUGCCGACGCCCCGCCGAGCCGACCCAGACAGUCUGCGGCGCGACACUGCUCGGCAUAACACGCGGCGGUGCCUGAUCGCCGGGAGAAAGCGAUGAGCCGGCGGCCGAGGCCGAGACCGAGGCCAAAGCCGACGGUGACGCAACGCGGGGCAAUGACGUCAUGGUCGAUCGACGCGGGGUCGAUCGACCCCGGCCGGGCUGUGCAGCAGUCCCAGCCGGCUCGCGGGCUCGCCGCCUGCUGCCCGCUGCCGGAGCACAGCGAUAAGCGAGGGGAAAGAGUGACCGCCGUUUCCGAGAAAAGGGAGACCCAGAGCAACAUGGACCCGGCCCUGCUCCUCUGCGGACUUCACAACAGCUCUGCACUCGCCUACCCCCCAGCACCGCCGCUGAUGACCAUGCUGCACACACGCUUCCUCCUCUCCAAGGGCUUCGGGUGGCAGGACGACCUCGAGUUCUGCCCCGUGGUGCUGGACGCGGCGGCAGCGCCGGGCGAUAACGCCUCUGGCGCCAAGACCGCUGCAGACAGCAGCCAGCACUACUUCGUGCCCACAGACGCCGCCUCCGCCGCCGCAUACACGCUGCAGCACAGUCCUCCGUCGUCGGCGGCGUCGUCCGCCGCCGCCGGCUCGGCGUCCACUGCCGCAACGUCGCCAAACACCUCGCUUUCGGCCAGAACGGCGUCGCCGCUCAUCCACACCCCGAGAGCAAAGAAGAUCUUGGACAUCGUCAACCCCCACACAGGCCUCCGGGUCGGCUCGCCCUCCGCCAGAACCCUCCAGUAGCCACAGGACCGGGCUGCCGGAGUCCUUAUCUCG